ACAUUUUAAUGUAUCUCGAACGGAUCGUCUGUUCUUCCUACGCAGCGUUUGUUUUUUCGUCAAUUCUUCUUCGGAAGAAGAAAUUGUUUAUGCGAGAAAAUUUUGAGCUUUGCUAUCUUAUCACGUGUCGGCAUGGAGACUGCGCCGUGGUGGUUGCAAUCCAAUCAGAUAUUACACCACACUCCGUUUCUAACGCCACAUCAACUCAGUCUUCCGUGAUAGCACCACAUUGUAUUUCAGUCUGCGUUUGCGGUGCAGUAUAGAGCCUUGUCUACAAGACAGGAGCAUCGUUGACAUCGCAGGUCGUCGAAAGCUAUGACCCCAGACAAAAACUACAACACCAUGGGAACCUUUAAGCAAAGAAAAUCACUAGCCACCCGAAAAGAAGAAGUCGAGGGAAUCAAGUCAAAAUUUCCCACGAAAAUACCGGUUAUUGUAGAACGUUAUUACAAAGAAGUCCAUCUUCCUCUUCUCGAUAAGACGAAAUUUUUGGUUCCUCAAGAGCUCACGAUGUCACAAUUCGUCACGAUUAUCAGGAACAGAAUGCACUUAAAUGCAAAUCAAGCCUUUUAUUUACUAAUAAAUAACAAAAGUAUGGCUAGUAUGUCAAAAACACUAGCGGAGGUCUACAAAGAGAAUCAAGACGAAGAUGGCUUCUUGUAUGUAAUGUACGCUUCCCAAGAAAUGUUUGGAUCACAUUUAUAAUGAAAUCCUGGAAGGAAGAAAAACAAAUUAAAUGUAAUCAUUACCGGUUUACCCGAAACUGUUCAUCGGUUUUCAACAGCUCUACAAUGACAAUAUUUUAUUUUCUGUAGAUCGAAGAGAUAGGGCUGUGCCCAUCGUGAUUUUUGCACAAGGACAGAAAAUAGGGGCAUUGACGAUAUUUUCCUUUUUCCAAUCUACUCUGUAGACAGUAUCUCUCAACAGAGUUUAUAAGGACAAUGUGAUAUACUAUGACACGUAAACACUACAUUUGUACAUUUUCCAAGAAUUUUUGAACUCAUAUUUUUCAACAUGUUUAUAAGGAAUCAAUAACAAAUUAUAUAUAAAAUAAUGGUCAAGAGUUCUUACUGCCGGCAGUAAAUUUUGACUUAACUUUUCAAUCAUUUCUGAUAUUUUUUAGAUUUGUUAUUGAUCCAAAAGAAUAUAAAAUUCAUUAGAAAUCAGUUAUUUAAUAAACUUUUAUGAUAGAACUUUUUUAUGAU